AUCUUUACCAGAGAGAGAAAGCUCAGAGAUUUAAUUAGCUUAAUUUUUCUUUCGUUGGGAAAUUGAGGAAGUGAUUGUUAUCACCGGAGAAGAGAGAGAAAAUGUUGGGAAUUUUCAGUGGAGCUAUAGUAUCGCCGCCGGAAGAGCUGGUGGCUGCCGGAAGCCGAACUCCGUCGCCGAAAACAACCGGAGCAACUUUAGUGAACCGUUUCGUCGAGAAAAAUCCCUCCGCUGUUUCUGUACAAGUCGGCGACUAUGUUCAGCUUGCUUACAGCCAUCACAACGAGAGUCCUCUCCGGCCGAGAUCAUUUGGGGCUAAGGAUGAGAUAUUCUGCUUGUUCCAAGGCUCACUUGAUAACCUAGGAAGCUUGAAACAGCAAUACGGGCUUGCAAAGAACGCAAACGAGGUUCUUUUGGUCAUCGAGGCUUAUAAGACUCUCCGUGACAGAGCUCCUUACCCGGCCAACCACGUCGUGGCUCACCUAAGUGGCGAUUUCGCCUUUGUGGUCUUUGAUAAAUCAACCUCCACUCUGUUUGUCGCCUCUGACCAAGUUGGCAAGGUUCCAUUGUAUUGGGGAAUAACAGCUGAUGGGUAUGUGGCAUUUGCUGAUGAUGUUGAGUUGCUAAAAGGUGCUUGUGGCAAGUCUCUUGCGUCUUUCCCUCAAGGCUGUUAUUACUCAACGGCGUUAGGUGGGCUUAGGAGCUUCGAGAACCCUAAGAACAAGAUCACUGCAGUUCCUGCUAAUGAGGAAGAAAUUUGGGGAGCCACCUUUAAGGUGGAAGGAGCAACAGUUCUUGCAGAUUGAGAAUGAAAGAGAACAAAAAAGAUUCAGAUCCAUGUCUCUUAAAUCUUGAACUGUAGCAGCAAAAAAAUAAAAAAUGAUGUAGGAAAAACAAAAAGCUGUUCUAUGAGUUCUUGAAGCUACCAAUGGUUGGUGAUGUGUGUAGUGUUGUAUCUCUCUUAUGUUUUAUGCUUCUUUGUACAGCCCGUGUCUGUCUUCUGGUGUUAUUAGUGUCUUCUUCCUAAUAAGUUUUAAUGUCUCUG